CCUUACUCUUCCUACUUCAUCUUCAUCUUCAUUUGAAUAACUCUCUUUCAUGCAUGUGUUCUUCUCCAUUUAACAAAAGGAUUCAAACCAUGCGAUUGAGUUGCAAUGGUUGUCGUGUCCUCCGCAAAGGGUGCAGCCCCGAUUGCCCCAUUCGGCCCUGCCUCAACUGGAUUGAUUCCCCUGCUUCCCAGGCCAACGCCACCUUCUUCCUUGCCAAGUUCUAUGGCCGUGCCGGCCUCCUCAACCUUCUCACUGCGGCGCCCCAACAACUCCAACCAUCUGUUUUCAAAUCUUUGCUCUACGAAGCUUGUGGUCGGAUCGUGAACCCAAUUUUUGGCUCAACCGGAUUGCUCUCGACUGGGAGUUGGCACUUGUGCGAAGCUGCCGUCAAUGCUGUUCUCAUCGGUACACCAAUUCAACAGGCUCUUUCCGACUCCUCAUGUGACAACUCUACUAACCUGCAGCUCCAAGCAUGCGAUAUACGCCACAUAGCAAAGAGUGGGCGAUCAUGCGACCUUGACCAGCUUCAAGGAGUGAAGACUCGCACCAGUCAGUUCAAGCGCCGAGCCAAGAAACCAAAUUCGGGAUUGGAGAAGGGUGUGGUUGAGUUGGUGGCGGGUUGUUCUGGAAAAAAUUUAGAAGGCUCAGUGAGUCGUGACUCGGAGUCUGGGGUGAGUGAGCAUAGAAGCAUUGGUGGGGAAGCUGAUAGCAGAUCAUUUGAGUGUGUGGAGCCAGCUCGAGUUGAUGAUCAACAACUAGAGCUGGAGUUGACUUUAGGGUGGGGUUCAACGAAAAUAAGUAGAGAUGCUAGUUUAGUUUAGGUGGUGAAAUGUGAUUUUUUUUUUGUUUCACGCCUGUUACUUAUUAUAGAGUUUUGAAAUUUUCAUCAGGUGUAAAUUAUAAAUAUGAUUUAUAACACAAUUUAUAUCAUAUUUGAUCAAGAGCUUUGAUUGUUAAUGAGUAAUGAAAUGACCGAGACAUCAUCAAGUUGAAGAUCAUG